CACGUCCAGCACAGAGCGUUUUCAAGAAGGGAUACACAGUAACCCAAGCAGGGACUAUUUCCUGAUAUUUUUUUUUAGAUUUAUUUAACUCCACGACAUCGAGUGAGGAUGCCGUUCCUCGGACAGGACUGGAGGUCACCGGGUCAGAGUUGGGUUAAAACCGAGGAGGGAUGGAAAAAGACAACAACAGACGACAGAAACAACAACGUCUCCGUGGAGAGCUUCUGCAAAGCCGAGCAGGAGGAAUGUUUCAACAAGGAGAACUUGCUGCUUUCUCUCAGCUACGACAUGGCUGCCAAGAAGAGGAAGAAAGACCUAAUGAACAACAACACCAAGGUCCCCUAUUUCCACAGGGAAAAGUGGAUUUAUGUUCAUAAAGGAAGCACCAAGGAGCGCCAUGGAUAUUGUACACUGGGAGAGGCCUUCAACCGCUUAGAUUUCUGCAGCGCCAUCAAGGAUACAAGGAGAUUUAAUUACAUCGUGAGACUUCUGGAGCUUAUCGCCACAUCCCAGCUCCCCUCGCUCAGCGGAGUGGCGCAGAAAAAUUACAUGAAUAUUCUGGAGAGAGUGGUACAGAAAGUCCUCGUUGACCAGCAGAACGUCCGUCCCAUCAAAGAGCUGCUGCAAACGCUGUACGUCUCGCUGUGUGGUCUCGUUCAGGACAUGGGCAAGUCUGUCCUGGUGGGGAACAUCAACAUCUGGGUGCACCGCAUGGAGAACAUCCUGCAGUGGCAGCAGCAGCUGGACAGCAUCCAGAUUAACAGGCCCACAUCCACAGGCAUGACCCUCACUGACCUGCCCGCAAGCCUGCAGCUCAACAUCAUGCAGCGUCUGUCGGACGGCAGAGACCUGGUCAGCCUGGGCCAAGUGUGUCCCGAUCUGGGCGCCCUCUCUGAGGACCGGCUGCUGUGGAAAAGGCUCUGCCAGUACCACUUCACAGACAGACAGAUCCGAAAGCGCCUGAUGGUGUCAGAUAAAGGUCACCUGGAGUGGAAGAAGAUGUACUUUAAGCUGAGCCGCUGCUAUCCUCACAGAGAACAAUACAGUGACACCCUGCACUUCUGCACACACUGCCACAUCCUUUUCUGGAAGGACACAAACCAUCCCUGCACAGCCAACAACCCCGAAAGUUGCACCAUGUCCCUCUCCCCUCAAGACUUUAUCAACCUUUUCAACUUCUGAUUCCACGCAAAUCCAGAUGAACUGACUGUACAUACUGUACAUAGACGUGUACAAUGUUGUUUUUGUUUAUGGCACAAUCAAUUCUUGGAUGUAUAUUUAGUCGAGGUUUGACUGGAGGGGGGCUCAGCGGGACAAUUAUGCAAUCAGGAUUCUUUUGGAAGAGUACACAGGCUGCUGGCAGGUUUCACUGUUGAAAGCGAGUGAAUGUGACAGAGAGAAAAAGAGAUGUUGGAGCCGUUGUGUUGUUGAUGUAGGAGAGAGCAGAGGAGAAAGGGAACACUCAGCUGUCAGAGUUUAGUCUUAGUUUAAUGUGGUUUUUGAAAAGACACCUCCAAAUUAACACUUUUUAUUUUUACCUUAGCUGCGUGCACUUGUUUUUCCCAAUUUGGAAAAUUAGAUUUGAUUUCUGGUUUUCAAACCUUGUAACUGUUAUUUUCAACACGAGAAAUAGGAAGAUGAUUUGAUUUGUUUAAAAUUGUGAUUUGUUCAGUAUGACAUUACAAAGCCUGCUCACAUGGGGUAUGACAGUGUGUUUGACGUUCAGAUGAGAUUAGCAGUAAUAUUCAGUUUGGCACUGGGAUGAGAGGAGAAAAUCUUGAUUUGCUGCACUACCUAGGAGAUAAUGAAUGUAGGAAAGGGAGUCGGUAAUUAAUCAUAAGAC